AUGCUAACAACAGCCCCAACUUCUCUGAUACACACGGUAGUUGACCUAGAACAACAAUCUAUGGUUAAAACUAAGUAUGGUGACUACCCCAAAGGAAGUCUACUGAGUUACCAGCAAAAACUACACUCUGAUUAUAUUAUCAACUUGUACAAUGUCUUAGACUUUCCGAAUCUUCCURUGAAAAAUGUUAUGAUUACAAAUUACAAUUACACUCUUCGUCAACAACAAUGGGUAACACUUCACGGCAUUGAAGUAAACAAAGAAAUGGCCAUUGAGCUUGAAGAAAGCACAAGGCUACAAUCGUCAGACCCCAAAUGGCACAAGCUAAGAGUAGACAGGCUGACAGCAUCCAAGGCUGGAGAAAUAGCAAAGAGACAGAGAAAUUUUGAAACACUUGUUCAGAGAUUUAAACAUGGCCGUCAUGUCACCACACAAGCUAUGCUUCAUGGUAUUAACUCUGAACCAAUAGCAGCUAAAGCCUAUUCAGAGAAAUUUGAAAAUGGCAUCAAUGUACUUCCCUGUGGGAUCAUUAUAAGUCCUUGGUGCCCUUGGUUAGCUGCCUCUCCAGAUAGAAAGGUUUUUGAUCCAAACAGAACACCUCCUUUUGGAUUAGUGGAGAUAAAAUGCCCUGUUGUAAGCACAGUACUUGAAGUCCCAUAUUUGGUGAAGAAUAGCAAUGAAUCUACCUUCCAUCUCAAAGAAAAUCACAACUAUUACAUGCAGGUUCAAAUGCAGAUGGCMRUUACUGGUCUGUCCUGGUGUGACUUUUUUGUUUGGUGUAAGGAUGACAACACUGUAGUAACAAUACACUUUGAUCAGGAGAAGUGGAAUGAAAUCAAAGACAAACUGGACACAUUCUACUUUGAAUAUUUUAUUUAG